AUGGAAACCAUUAAACCCAAAUCAGCUCUCAGCAAUAGGAGCAAGAAACUGGCCAAGACAUUCCAGAAAGUGAUUAGCCUCCGAAGUGCAACAAAACUCGCUUCAAAUAAUGGCAUUUGCAUGCUCAACUCACACCUCAAAGUCAAGGAAGAUCUAUUCACUGAUCAUCACUUCAAAUCACACCAAUCCAAUGGUAAGCACGAAGACACCAAGGCUCGUAACAGAGCCGUUAUGGAGGCUCUCAUUGCAAGGCUCUUUGCGGGGGUUACCACCAUAAAAGCAGCAUAUGCAGAGCUUCAAAUGGCUCAGCACCCUUACAACAACGACUCAAUUCAAGCCGCUGAUCAAGCAGUGGUUGAUGAGCUUAAAGCCAUCUCAGAAUUGAAGCGAAGGUUCAUGAAAAAAGAGCUUGAUCUUUCACCCCAAGUCACCAUAAUGCUGGCAGAGAUUCAAGAACAACAAAGCCUAAUGAAGACCUAUGAAAUCACCAUCAAGAGGCUUGAAGCUGAGGUUGAUUUCAAGGAUUCAAGCCUCUCAUCCCUCAGAAAACACCUUGAUGAGUGCAUUGCCUUCAACAAAUCACUUGAAAAGAAGCUCAACUCAAGUGGCUCUUUGUCACUGUUAGAUAAUCUCACACAUUCAGCGUUGAACCCAAGCCAUUUUGUGCAUUUUCUUCACCACACGUUGAGAUCAAUUAGGAGCUUCGUGAAGCUUAUGAUGGCAGAAAUGGAGUCUGCUCAUUGGGACCUUGAAGCAGCCGUUAAGUUCAUCCAUCCAAACGCAGUUUUCACCAAACCAAAUCACAGAAGCUUUGCGCUUGAAUCCUUUGUGUGCAUAACAAUGUUUGAAGGCUUCAACUACCCAAAUUUCAGUGUUCAAGAUGAGCCUCUUCAGAAACACCACCAAGGCCAAGACCUCUACUUUGACAAGUUCAAAAAUCUCAAGGCUUUGAACCCAAAACAGUAUUUAACCCACAACCCAAAUUCUUCUUUCUCAAAGUUCCUCAAAUCCAAGUACCUUCAAGUGGUUCAUGCCAAAAUGGAGUGUUCCUUGUUUGGUAACUUGAACCAAAGGAAGGUUGUGAACUCUGGUGGUUACCCAGAUUCUGCUUUCUUCACAGCCUUUGCAGAGAUGGCAAAGCGUGUGUGGACCCUGCAUUGCUUGGCACUGUCGUUUCAUGAAGAUGUCACUGUUUUUCAGGUAAAGAAGAACACUAGGUUCUCUGAGGUGUACAUGGAAUGUGUCACUGAAGAACCGGUUUCAGAUUCAGGGGAAUCCUCUGAUUCCAAUUCCGGCGAGCUUAGGGUGGGUUUCACGGUGGUGCCAGGUUUUAAAAUCGGUAAGACGGUGAUUCAGAGUCAGGUUUAUCUCUCUUUGGUGGGUUCUCCGGCGAGUUCCUAA